CCGUCGUGGUAGCAUAAAUAUAUAAUUCGUGUGGAGCGUGUACGUUACGAACGACGGUCUUCGAAGGUCGUUUCGCCGCUUAUGAAUCGAUCGUAGAUUUGAUUGAGAGGUGUUCGCUUUUCGGGGGAAACAUGACGACGACGACGACGUCGAGGUGUGUGCGUGCGUGCGUGUUCGGUCCUGGAUGGUCCCGGUGAAUCCUGGAAGCGUUCCUACGUUUUUGGCCUGGCUGCUUGCCAUCAAACCCAUCAACGAACGUCGAAAACGGUACUUGCGCGUAGUGGCGUCGUGGUGCGUUUGUUCGCGAACACGUUUUUGUGUAUCCUGGAGGCGGUAACGAGAAGAGGGGCAGGGAAAAAGGACCUUCCGGGCACCACCCUUCCUUUUUCCAACUUCUCGCGUGCGUCGCAAACGCUUCGUCCUUCUUCGGUGGAGUUUGGCGUUUUGAAUUUUCGGCUGACGGGUUGAUGGUUGGUGGAGUUUUCGACAACCCGACGAAUAUUUCUGCCCACAAUACAGGAUCCUGGCCCGUUUUUUUUUUUCAACUCUACUCGAAGGCAUCAACUGUAAUCGAAUUCUAUCUGUGACUGGUUAAGUGAAACGGUGAUUGUGUAAAAACCAUAAGUUUCUCAAACAUAAAAAAUUGAGAUCAAUUUUCUGAAAAAUAAUUCUGAAGAAAAUUGAAACAUCUUCAAUAGGGAGAUAAAAAAGAUGAUCGUUCAGUGCUGAUCAAGUGAUAGCCCUCUGAAAAAAGCUCCCAGUUAAGCUAAGAUGAGCAGCAAAGCAAACAAAUAAAAAAGGCCAAAGAUCUAUCAAGAUAAGCCGAACAGCCAAACGAUCGAAAAGAGAUCUUCAAAAACCAUCAACAUCGCAACAGCACAAUGAUCAUCAACGACCCGAGAAAAAAAGGGCACCGCAACGAAGUGUUAAUGAAGAAAUUAUAUGCUCAUUGAUCGUGUUGUUUUUUGGUAAGGAGGAAUCAUCCCCCCUUUCCCUAAGUCGUGCAGUCUUCAAAAGGCGUUGAGUGAGUCGAGGGUUUUUUUUUCUCGAAGCGUGUAAAAUAAUCAUAACCUGGCGCAGUGAUUGUGGCAACGAUUAGUUUAAUGAAAAAUAAAAUUUGGCACUGCACCCUGAAAGCAAAAGUUGAAAAAAAAAAAGCCGAAAAAAAGUGUUGAAUCUAGCUCCAAGGGGAAUAAAAAGUGGGUCAUCAUCAACCACAGAAAAAUGUUUCUAGUGAUCUUGGCGUGAGGAUCAUUAAAAUAUCUCUCAAAGGGGGGAAAUAUUUCGAGUGUCCCUUGAGAAGCGGUGAAGCUAUGGGGUUCAGAUAAAUUGUAGUGAGAAUAGCUACAUAAAUAAUAACCUUUGAGCAGUUUUUGGUAGAUGUUUUUUUCCCCAUCAACAAACUGUUUUGGGUAGGAUCUGCCACGUUUAAAUAUCAAGACCAGAAUCCACCAUGGCAGCACCUUUUCCUAUCGUUUUCACAUCGUAGAAGAUCUUCGGCAGCAUUCACACGGCAGCAUAAACAGAGACACAAAUAAGAAGCAAAAAAAAAUAGUCAUCCGACACCAGUUAAUAUGUGGGAAAACAUGAUCAUUAUCUAAAUCUCAUCUCAUUGUGUUAUUAUUAGCGCAAGUUUGCUGUCCACCAAAAUCGGAGACGACACGAACGUCUUUCCGUCAGCUUUUCUCAAAACCAAACGACAAAACUUAAUCGUAUAUGGCCUGAGAAUAUAGUUCAACGACUAUCCGGAGUUCCAGGGUUUCGAUUUGUUUGUGUGUGUUUAGGUGUUAGUGUGCCAUAAAGGAGUUGGCAGGGGAAAAAUUGUGAAGUUCGGUUUGGCCGUUGGCCAAGAUUCCCAGCAAAAAUGAGAGCAGCAAAAAAGUGCCGAUAAUUAGGUGAAAAAGCUAGAAUUAAGAAUCCCAAAAGGCGAACGUGUCGAUUAUUGGGUGCCGGAAAAAUUGAUAGCUUCCUUGCAUCGUUCGUUGUCUUAUUGAAGCAAAAGCAGAAGCAGCAAAAGUUGUUGAAGAGACCACUUGUUGUGUCCGGAAGGUGAUAAUGAAGGUUCCCGACUGCUCUUGGAAAUAAGCGGUGGCGUGAAGUCCUGAUUGAGAUAAGGGAAGAGAAGAGAUCUAACGACGAUCACUAACAAGCUUGUUGGUGGAGUCGUUUUCUGUGGAAAAUUGUGAUUAAGUAGCAGAAGCAGCAAUCAGCAAUCAAAUCAGCAGAAUGAAGGAUUAUCAAUUUAUGGUAUUGGCGGUUGUCCUCUUUGCCACUGUCUGGGUUUCAAAAGCUCAAUUGAGGACACCCCGCAUCACGGAACACCCGAGCGAUGUCCUGGUGCCAAAGAACGAUCCGGUCACGUUGAACUGCAAAGCCGAGGGGAAGCCGGAACCGAAAAUCGAAUGGUACAAGGACGGGGAACCGGUUCGCUUUACGCCAAAUCAUGUCCUGCUUCCGUCCGGAUCGUUAUUCUUCCUGAGGACCGUACACGGAAAAAAGGAACAGGACGGGGGAGUUUACUGGUGUGUGGCCUCGAAUGCGGCUGGCACAACUCAGAGCCGGAAUGCAACGCUGCAAAUAGCAGUUCUGCGAGAUGAAUUCCGAGUGGAGCCAAAAGACACCCGUGUGGCCGCUGGGGAAACGGCCCUCCUUGAAUGUGGUCCUCCACGAGGAAAUCCGGAACCGACCGUGAGUUGGAAGAAGGAUGAAAUGAUGCUGGAACUGAAUGAUUUCCGGUCGAGUAAGGAACCGGCCCGGGUGAGGAUUGUUGACGGUGGAAAUCUACUGAUAAGUGACGUUCGUCCUACAGACGAAGGUCGAUAUCAAUGCUCAGCGCAGAAUAUGGUCGGUUCCCGGGAAAGCGUAUCGGCCAAGCUGACUGUUCAAGUCAAGCCGUACUUUGUCAACGAACCGACGGACAUCACCAUUCUGGUGGGCCAACGGGUCCAAUUCCAGUGCGCCGUGGGUGGAGAUCCUCAUCCGCAGAUUCUCUGGAAGAAGGAAAACGGUCACAUUCCCGUGGGCCGAGCGGAAAUUCUCGAGGAAGACCGCAGCCUGGUGAUUAAGAACGUGGCCCCGGACGAUCAGGGCACCUACAUCUGCGAGGCGCACAACUCAGUCGGACAGAUCAGUGCCAAGGCUCAGCUGGUGGUUAAUUCUGCUCCAUCAUUCAUCAUCAAACCCCUGGACCAACGGGUAAACCUGAAUGGAGUUGUCACCUUCAAGUGCACCGCGUCCGGAAAUCCACCGCCAUCGGUAUUCUGGACCAAGGAAGGUUCCCAAACUCUGAUGUUCCCCAACAACACCUAUGGCAACAUCCACAUCUCCAGCCAAGGCUCUCUGCAGGUUAGAGGUGCCCAAAAAGACGACGAUGGCUAUUUUGUCUGCUCAGCUUUGAGCGUUGCCGGAUCAACUACGAGCCGAGCUUAUCUACAGGUCACCAGUUCGUUCGACAGUGGCCCACCGCCCCUGUUACAGGUGGUUCCCUCGAAUCAAACCCUGCCCCGGGGGAGUGUAGCCAUGAUGCCUUGCCGAGGUUCCGGACCUGCCAGCCCAAAGAUCUAUUGGCGCCGAAAUGCCACCGAUGUAACGGCUCUCGGGGCCCGCUUCUCGAUCGUCCAGGGAGGGACCCUGAAAAUCGAUGAUCUCAAACUCGAAGACUCUGGCUGGUACACCUGUGUAGCAUAUUCAGAGCGUGGCGAAACCUCCUGGAAAGCAUUCCUAUCGGUCGAAAUUAACCCGACAGCAACACUUCAUCGGUCCCACAAUGGGGAUCUACUUCCGGCUGCUCCCUCGGCUCCCAAGGCAGUUAACAUCACCAACAGUAACGUAACUUUGGUGUGGACCAAGGUCGGUUCCGGAGUAUCCCAGCAGGACAAACUGAAAGCCAAUCCGGUCCAAAGUUACACCAUCGAGUACUACAGUCCGGAUCAGGAAAGUGGAGGCUGGGUCCGGGCACUUAAUCGAGUCGAAGGAAAUACAGCCACGAUUACAAAUCUCGCCCCCUCGACGUCCUACAUCUUCGUGGUGAGGGCGGAAAACUCCCAUGGCUAUUCGGCACCCUCGGCCAGUUCCGGACCCAUUCGAACGCUCUCCGGAGACGAUGGAGUGACGAUGCCGGAAGAGCUUGAGACGGCCCGGAUGGUUCUCAAUGGAAAGAUUCUGGAACUGGUCGACGUUGUGGCUGUCAGUUCCAAUUCGGUGCGAUUGGAAUGGCAGCUACACAUUUCUAGUACAGAAGAGUAUAUCGAAGGAUUAUAUGUGAGGUAUCGCGAUCUGACUUCCGGUUCCCAGAAGUACAGUAUGCUAACGAUUCCGAAUAACAUCGCUGAAACGCAUACGAUCACGAAUUUGAACAAAUUCACACGCUACGAGUUCUUCCUUACGCCAUACUUCAAGAACGUGGAAGGUCAACCGAGUAACUCAAAGAUAGUUCAAACGCUUGAAGAUGUUCCCUCGGCUGCUCCAGUGAAUAUUCAAACUGGGAUGCUCAAUUUGACCGCUGGAUGGGUCAAAUGGUCUCCACCACCCCAGGAACAUCUCAACGGAGUUCUGCUGGGGUAUAAAAUUCAGGUUAAAUCAGGAAACUCGUCAAAAACUUUAGCGUCUAUGACGCUUAAUGCCACGACAACUUCCGUAAUGCUGAACAAUCUCACUACUGGAGCCACCUACCGGGCUCAGAUUGUAGCUUACAAUCGAAUCGGAGCGGGACCUUACUCUAAACCAGCAUACCUGGUGAUGGAUCCAGCUCACGUAAUCGCUCCUCCGAGAGCUCACAACUCACUGAGUGAUAUUGGAGGUUACCGGCAUCAAAAUUUCAUGCAUGAAACUUGGUUUAUGAUCUUUGUAGUGCUUGCGCUCUUGCUGAUCUUAACCUUUACGGUUGUUGGGGCAGUUGUGUUCUUCAAGAAGCGUCAAAGCAUGAACAAGGCCAUGGUGACGGUUCCAGUUGUCACCAGUGGUGAUCUUGUCAAUUUGCACAUUGCUCGAAAAGAUUGUCUGUGGAUCGAUCGGGGUUGGCGAUCUACAGACACCGACAAAGACUCCGGAUUGAGUGAGAUGAAGCUUUUGGAGGGGUCUCAGAAUCCCGGCAGCUACACAGACGUAGGCACUGACUACGCAGAGGUUGAUCCAAGGAGUAUCACUUCUUUCUACAACUGUGGAAAGUCACCUGAUAAUCCAACACCCUAUGCGACUACAAUGUUAACCAAUGGUCACACCGUAGGAAAUGGACACCUUCCUUACCAGAAUGGACCUCUUACUCACGAAGCAUACUCAUCAGCAGGAUCCAGUGUUCGAUCGGAUAUCCCUUAUGGUCCAGGACAUCCCAAAGGCUUUGCAAUGCCCUUCAACCACGCCCCAUCUAAUUGGAUAGAUUUCCUUCCUCCCCCACCGGAACACCCACCACCUAUUCCGCAAGCGCUAGAUCAUCAUCUACACUUAAACCACGUGUACCCUUCGGAGCUCGUUGGAACCACAACUAGCUCCCAGGGCUCACGUGGUGGCUCGACCUUGUCCAGCAAUCAAAACGUUUACCACUCGUAUCAAUACGUAGAUCCGUCACUGCUAGGACGCGGCUCCUCUUCCCGGAGCAGCAAUAACGAGCUGCGUAGCCCACCGACUCAGCUGUAUCUGCAGCAAACGCAUCAUCUUCCACCGCCACCGCAUUCAGCAUCAGCACUUCAAAACCCCAGCGAAAUCUACUUUAACGACGAGAUCUACAACAGCCCGGUGAAAUCAUCCAAUGAUCUGCCAAGUCUACAGCAGCAACCUCUCCCUCUUCCACCGCCAUCGCAUCGGAUGCCUAGUUCUUCCUCUGCUUCUUCCGUGUCCUGCUGUCAGUCGGGAAUGGCCUCGCGAUCGGCUAGUGGAUCUAACAGUGGACCCCUGAAACAACUUCAACAACAAGCUCAAUAUCAACAGCCUCAGGACUUCCUGGAGUAUGCACAGCAGCAACAGCAGCUGCAGAUGCAUAAUGGUCAUCAUCAGAAAAGAUUAUGUGGCAGCUGCGAUGCUCUCUCGUCCAACAGUAACGGGCAACAGAUGAAACUGGUAACCUACAGUCAGUCGGGAAGCGAUUCCUAUCAUCCACUGGGAGGUCCACCCCCACUGCUGCACAGCCUUAGCAACGGGGGCAGCUCGUCAAGUGGAGCUGUUCCGAUGGCAGAACUCGGACACAACAACACCUGCUCCUCGGAUGGUUCCGGAAGUCAUCGGAAUGGAACCGGCGGAAGUGGUGCAAGUUCCGGGAGUGGUGGAUUUUCCCACCGGUCCAAAUAUGCCCGUAAAGUGAACGUGAACGUUGAGAAUGCUCUCAACGGUAACUAUCACAGUAAUCAUCAUCAUAACCAUCAUCAGGGUCGCCAACAUCAUCAUCAUCAUCACCAUCAGCAUAAUCAUCAUCCACCGGCUCAUCAUCAUCAGCAGCAGGAGGCAAUCAGCGAGCACGAAGAGACUGAGAACGACAAAAUGCUUGUCAGUAGUUUUAGCACCGAAACCGAGGGCGACGCGACUCUGAGCCUGACGAUGAAUGGCUGUGGCGUCGGGACGCUCGGGCAGGACGAUUGCGAGGAUGACAAUACCUGCUGUUCGUGUAGUGAGGAUGAAGAGGACGAGGGUGAUACUGAUUAUGACGGUCGCCAUGGCUGUAGAGGGACCAUGGACGAUGGAAAUGAGUCGAGUGCGAGCUACCUGUACGAGGAACCGAUUCAGGUUAAGUGAACUUCCGGUGGCCCAGGGAUUUGAGUUGUUGUAGGUGGACACAACCGCGAGAGUUGUUCGGUUGAAAGAUAAGCACACACGCUUUAUGAGCUAGCAGGAAGCAUCUGGGUCGUCGUAAAUGAGGUUAGGUUCAGCAGUACACAGUAAAACGAGCGAGCUCAAGAGCAAAACGGAUGUGGCAGGAUGUUUUUGGCACUAAUUUAUCAGAACCUUGACUGCGAAUUGGGAGCGGGUUUGAAGGUGGAUCUAAAGUUUUAAAUACAUUAUGAUAUCAAUUUUCAUUAAAAACAAAAUCAAGAAAACAGCAAAUACUCUGCUCAACUUUUCGUUAGGUCAUCCAAAUGCUACUGCAUGUGCUAUUCAUCUUUUUUCAUCCAACUAACAAACAAACGCCUAUACAUAAUUCAUAAUCAAACACUGAAUCUGCAACAAAGUUGCAGUUCAAACGCAAUCAAAUUCAUCAUAAUCAUUAAUUCAUAAUUGAACGAUUCAACUUAGCGUAAUCAAUUGGAUGUCGUAUGUAGAGCAAACAGUGAAGAUUUUUUCCUUUCCUCGGUAUGUUUGCAACAGAAAUAGCAAAAACAACAUCAAUCGUUACAGUUGAUCAUGUAUAUAAUAUUGUACCUGUGAUAUUAUUUAUUGUGAUAAGUCAACCGCACUCGAGUGUAAAUUUUAUCAGUAACUCUCUAUGUUAGGUAAAUUCUUUCAGUACUAUUUUCAGAUCUGAUUAUUUAAAUUGGUCAAAAUUUUGAUCAAAAACAUUUACUGUAAAACAAUAAAUCUUUCAAACAAGACAAUUUCAAAUAUGUUGUAAAUAUGUAAAACUAAGUUUAAAUAUAGAUUAUCUCAAACACUGCUCUCUUACCAUCUUAAACAUCUCAUCCCUUAACUUUUUAGUUUUAACGAAGGAAAUGUUUUCCUAACCAAGUCACUAACUAAUAAAAUCAGUAGAGAAGGGAAAUAUUCAACCGAAACAUUAUCAAAUGAACUUAAAACCAAUAACCACUGCUUAACAAUCAAAAAUAUACACACAGCUGCCAUACUCCAAUAAGAAACUUUUUGUAUCAAACCCCACUUUUUACAAAUACAAACAGUAGAUGAAAACAAAUAAUCUCAGUGAAGGAAGAAAUAAGGUAGAACAGUGAAGCGAUUAGCAAAAUGAGCUACAAUCCCGAAUAGAUUGUAGAAAGCUGGCAUCUAAACCACCUAAGUAGUAAAAUUUUAAGGAAAAAAUACCAUAAACCUGCGCAAUACUAAAUUCUCAGAGCUCCCCUUCGGUGAAACGAGGAAAGGGACCGUCUAGUACUGUUUUCUCAAAUAUUUCAAACGAAAAUGUAGCUAAGUCGAGUAGUGUCGAAUAAAUUAUCCAGAAGUGGGACGUUUUAAGAAAGUGUUUUUAUUAUCUGCCCAUUGAAAACUGAAAGUGAAUGUAUAUUUGAAGCAAACGAUCGUAAACUUGUGUAAAUAAA